UUUCACUGGAAAGAUUAACCAAAAUUUCGCAUUUUCUCAGCACAAACAAAAACAUUGUCUUCCUCUUUCCUUUAUACAGUUUGUUGUGUUCCCUUUUACUAUUAUCAGGAAUUAUGGCUUCUUCUUCUUCUUCUUCCUUGAUCACUCUUCCAUCGAAGAAGUACGAUGUGUUCAUUAGUUUUAGAGGUGCCGAUAUCCGCGAUGGUUUUCUCAGCCAUUUGCGGGAGGCUUUGCGCCAAAACGAAGUCAAUACCUUUGUGGAUGAAAAACUUGAUAGAGGAGAAGAGAUCUCAUCCUCCCUCUUGGAAAUAAUUGAAGAGUCAUACUUUUCGUUGGUCAUUUUUUCAGAAAAUUAUGCUUAUUCUCCCUGGUGUUUGGAAGAACUUGUGAAGAUACUUGAGUGCAAGAAAGACAUGGAACAAAUGGUUCUACCGGUUUUCUACCGUAUAGAUCCAACCCAUGUUCAAGAACUUACAGGUAGCUUUGGAGCCGCACUUGCUAAGCAUAGAGAAGAUUUCACGAACUCGUUAGACACGGUGGAGAGCUGGUGCCAAGCUUUGAAAGAAAUUGCUGAGAUAGCAGGGUUGGUUUCCCGUGACAUUAGGCCUGAUUCCGAGCUAAUUGAGGAAAUUGUCAAACACAUUUCAGAAAAAUUAAAUGAUGUGUUUCCAUGUGAUUCUUGUGAUGAAGGGUUAGUUGGAAUUGAUUCCCGUGUCAAGGAUGCUGAAUCCUUAUUAUGCCUGGAGUCUGUGCGUGUUUUAGGAAUAUGGGGGAUGGGUGGAAUAGGAAAAACCACCAUUGCUGAGAAAUUAUUUGAACGAAUUUCUGGUCAAUUCAAUAGGCGAUGCUUUGCUGCAAAUGUCAGGGAAAAGUUUGAAAAGUGCGGACCAGAUACAGUACGACAGGAAAUCCUUUUUCAAGUAUUAGGAAGGGAAACUUGUAAUUUAGGUCCGCCCAUCAGGAGAAGGCUGCCAAGAGAAAAAGUUCUCAUUGCUCUUGAUGAUGUGAGUGAUUCAGAUCAAAUAGAACGUUCCAUAGGGAAACCGGCUAUCUAUGGUCCAGGGAGUAAAUUCAUUAUAACAAGCAGAGAUAAACAACUGCUUAGGAACAUGCAGGCUCAAAUAUAUGAAGUUGAGAAAUUGAAUGACUGUGAAGCUUCUUGGCUUUUUGGCUUCCAUGCCUUCAAACAAGAUGAUGUAGGAAAAGAAUAUAUGGUGUUUUCAAAGAAGGCAGUUAAAUAUGCUCAAGGCAAUCCAUUAGCCAUUAAAGUUUUGGGUUCCAAUUUAUAUAGUAGAAGUGUGAAAGAAUGGGCAGAUGAAUUAGAAAAAUUGGAAGGUACAUCUGAUGAAAAAGUUCAGAGAAUAUUGAGACUAAGUUAUGAUGCUCUAUCUGCAUAUGACAAGGAAAUUUUUCUUGACAUAGUGUGCUUCUUCGAAGGGGAAGAUAAAGUUCGUGUUGAAAAUAUACUGGGUACCCCUGGCUCAAUAAUUGGAAUCAGUCGUCUAGCUGAUAUGUCCCUUAUUUCUAUUGCAAAUAACAAGUUACAUAUUCAUGACUUGCUGCAACAAAUGGGCAAGGAUAUUACUUGCGAGGAAAAACAGAUUGGACAACGUAGCAGACUGUGGCAUCCUAAGGAUAUAUGUUACCUGUUGACAAGAGCUGAGGGGACUGGAGCAAAUAAAGGUAUAUCGCUGGACAUGUCCAAUAUCAGAGAGGUGGAACUAAGUCCUACGGUCUUUGAGAGAACGUACAAUCUCAAGUUUCUCAAGUUCUACUGUUCAGUACUCAGUCAAAACAGAGUAAACUUCUCGGAAGGACUCAAAUUUCUUCCAGAUGAGCUAAGGUUACUGCACUGGUAUCAAUACCCUUUGAAAUAUGUGCCAUUGAGUUCAUGUGCUGAGAACCUUGUUGAUCUUUGCUUGACUAAUAGCAAAAUUAGGGAACUUUGGAAUGGAGUUCAGCAUCUUGGAAAUUUGAAAUAUGUUAACCUCAGCUUCUCUGAGGAUCUAAUCAGAAUUCCAGACUUGUCUGGAUGCCCAAAUCUUGAGGUUCUUAAUUUGCUUACAUGUACAAGUUUGGUUGAAAUUCCCCCAUCUAUAAAAUGUUUGAGCAAACUUACUUCACUGUUUCUAUCAAGUUGUGCAAGUCUUUGCGAUUUACCGAGCUUGCUUCAUUUGAAAAGUCUUAAGGUUCUUUUCGUACAGAAUUGCCCAAAAAUCAUGGAGUUUCCAGUGGUUCCAUGUGAUAUAAGGAGUUUAUAUAUGAGUACAAAUGCAAUAGAGCAAGUGCCCUCUUCAAUUGGGGGUCUCUCUCAUCUUUUUUUGUUGGAUUUGGGUUGGUCGACGGGGCUUGAAAGUCUUCCAGACAGCAUUUGCAAUCUCAAAUCUCUCAGAGAAUUUCGUAUCGGUUGCUGUGAGAACCUAAAGGAACUUCCGGAGAACUUGGGGAAUUUAGAAUCUCUAGAGAAGAUUUCAGCAGAUGGCUCUGCUAUAAAAGAAUUACCAGACAGCAUUUGCAAUCUGAAAAACUGGCGACAUUAUCAGUUGAGAACUGCUGGUACUGGUAUAAAAGAAUUACCAGAAAGCAUUUGCAGUCUGCAAAAUCUUGCAGCCUUAUUUCUUGGCAAUUGUGUAAAUCUGCAGGGUCUGCCAGAAAACAUUGGUAAUUUAGAAUCUCUAAAGGUGCUUCAGGCAUAUGGUACUGGUAUAAAAAAAUUACCGGACAGCUUUGGCAAUCUGAAACAACUUAUAGUGGUUGACAUUUCUGACUGCGUAGUUCUGCAUGGACUGCCAGAGAGCUUUGGGAAUUUAGAAUCUUUGCGGCGUAUUACGGCAUCUGGCUCUGGUAUAAAAACACUACCAUCUUUGACAGGGUUUCCUCUUCUAGUGGUGGCUAAUCUAGAUUUUUGUGGCCUGCUAGAAUUUCCUAGCACUCUUUGCCAUAUAGUGUCAUUGAAAGAAUUGUACAUUGGUGGAAAUAAUUUCGAGACAAUACCAGAUACCAUCAAAAAACUUUCAAGACUAGUUCAACUUGAAUUAAGUGAUUGCAUGAGACUAAAAUAUUUGCCAGAGCUUCCAUCUCUCAGCAUAUUAUCUGCAAAUAAUUGCACUUGUCUUGAAUCAGCAUCCUGUUUAUUCCAACUCCAGAGUAUUAAAGCUUUACAAUUUGGCAACUGCAUCAAUUUGGAUGGGGAUGAAUGCAGUAAAAUUGUGGACCAUUUAUUGGCAACUUCUUGGCAGAGGGAAGUGAGUUUAUCAUACUAUAUGGUAAAUGUGUGUAACAAGAUUUUUCAUGUAGCACAGGCGUUAUGUUUCCCUGGAAGUGAAGUGCCACAAUGGAUCAAGUAUCAGAAUGACUCUGGAUCUUCUUUCUUUUUGUCAUUUAGACAACUGGAGCUGGUGAAAUCUACCUGUUUCACAUUUUGUGCUGUUUUUGAUCCCAAAGUUUGUCAUCCUUAUCGUUUCCUAAGAAUUGGAUACACAGUCCAUUUCAUAAACGAGUCUGGACAUAGCCAAUAUCAAUUUGAUCGCUAUUGGGAUGAAAAUAAUUUUCUUCUUGGUUAUGGUUGGACGGAUAGAAUGAUAUGA